UAGCUCUCGUGUUUCGUUUUGUUUCUAGCCUUGUCACCUUAGCAACUAUUCACUUUCUCUCAGUUCUCUACUACCUGGUCCACACCUGAAUUUCAUCUCCCCUGAUUUCCUAUCUCUCAUUCUCAUUGGUCCAUACUCCACUUCCCUCUAUUUAUUAGCUCUCUGUUCUUGUUUGUUCCUCGCUGGUUCCUUCUGUUCGAAUCCCCGUUCAUAUCUCUGUUCACCUACCUUUGUCUAUGUACUUUGCCUACUAUGUUCCUGCAGUAUCAACUUUGUUAGUUUUUGGAUUUCUUGUAUCUGCAGUGAUUUUGCUACGUUAUUGCUACGUUUGGAAAACCUUUGGAUUAUUCUUUAAAUAAAGUAAGAAGACUCCUUUAAACAUGCUACUGCCGAGCUCUUGUCUGUGCUUUGGUCACUCUAAACCACAGAGCGCGACAGUAAUGUCCCAGUUUCAUCCCAUGACCUGACCUACAUGUCAGCCAUGACCUUCACCUUGCAGCUGUUAUUUCCUUUAAGAAAAUUCCUUCCACUGUUUUUCAGGUAGUCAAUGAUCCACCUGAAGAAAUUAAUUGUCUCAUUUGCCUUCAAGCACCAACAAGCAAACAUAACGUUGGAUAAAAAUUAAACCCUUUCUCAACAUCACAAGGAAAAGGAAAUAUUUUCAACCUUGCCUCAGGGUUACUUAUAAAGGUGGAGAGUUUCUUCUCGGUUCAGUAGCAUUAGACCCAGCUCAGGUCACAUCGCAGCUUUCAGGUGAACUUCUCUUCCUCUGGUUUCUGCACCAUGAAGACAACGGCUCUGGACAUCUUCUGUCUGCUUCUGCAGACAUCCACACAGGUUCACUGGGAUCUAACACCUGAAGCAACAAAUAUUACUCAGCCUACUGUAACUGUUGCAACAGCGCCACCUACAGAUAUAGUAAUUACAUCUACAACACCUAAAACCUCAUCUGUGGUGAUGACGGCCACAUCAGCUUCAGCCACGUCCAGGCCAGGAUCAACGUUGGAAACCACCACAGCUUCACCAAACAGCUCAAAAACUGCACCACCCUCCGACCCAUCCAGCUCCACAUCUUCACCACCAUCCAACUCAUCUGCACCACCCACCAACCAAUCCAACUCCACAUCUUCACCCCCAUCCAGCUCAUCUGCACCACCCUCCGACCCAUCCAGCUCCACAUCUUCACCACCAUCCAACUCAUCUGCACCACCCACCAACCAAUCCAACUCCACAUCUUCACCCCCAUCCAACUCAUCUGCACCACCCACCAACCAAUCCAACUCCACAUCUUCACCACCAUCCAGCUCAUCUGCACCACCCUCCGACCAAUCCAACUCCACAUCUUCACCACCAUCCAGCUCAUCUGCACCACCUACUGAAUCAACAACCAUGAAAAAUGCUUCAACUGAAGCUUCCUCCAGCUCAGCCACCAUGACUCCACAUAACAAGCCUAAAGGCACUCAAAUGAGCACUAGAACCACCACCUCUAUUGUCAUCCAUGGUGGAUGUUGUGGCUUCAGACCUCCUCUGCUGCUCUCUGCAGCUUCUCUCCUGCUCUGUCGGUUCCUUUUGUGAGCCUCAAACAUCAUCAAAUUAAGCAUUUCUGCCUCUUCAGAGAAGGUUUCCUGUUUCUCCUGAAUGCUGGUGGAGAAUCUGAGCAAAAGAAGAACCAUUGAUGUGUUGUUUUUUUUUUUUAUUCUCUGGGGAGGUUUUUGGUUAAUUAAAGAUUUGAAAACUUG